AACCCUGAAUAAUUUGUGGCAGAUAACAUGGAGGCAGUAGGAAGAUAUCUUAAAUAUUUUAAUUCAGUUCUCCGUUAUUCUACCUGUGAUUUUUUAGUUUGAGAUUUUAUGCUACUUAUAAAUAAGCAGUAUAAUGUCUGGUGCAAGUGAUUUUGUCAUCCCUGUCAUUGAGGAGGAUGAAAAGGAAGAAGAAAAGGAAGAGGUGAGUGUGGAGCAGCAGUUAGCGGAGUUCCGCAACCGGUGGAAAGAAGAAUUGAAUGCUGAUGUGAAAGGAAAAGGUGAUCAGGAAGGGAAAAACCAGGAAGAGAUCACAAAAGAAGAAAAGGCAGAAAAGCUGUUUCUGGAAGGUGUUGCUGCAGAAAGAAUUGGCCAUCUUUACGAUGCCAUCACAUUUUAUAGUCAAGCCAUCAAACUUGUGCCUGAUAUAGAGUCAAAAAUUCAGUACCAGACUGGAGAAAGUUACAGUGAUAGUGAUGAUGUAGAGAAGGACUUGAGUGACCCUGAUGUAGAUGGCAUUAUUAGCGCCCUCAACGCCUUGACCAUAGAUAGCGUCAAGAGUCAUUGUGAACCUGAACAUGAGCAGACGGGUACACAUAUUUCUAGCCUGCCUAUAGAAUUACUGCUUUAUAUUUUUCGCUGGGUCGUCAGUGAUGAGCUUGAUCUUCGUUCUUUAGAGCAGCUUUCAUGCGUUUCCCAAGGUUUUUACGUUUGUUCUCGUGACCCUGAGAUAUGGAGACUUUCAUGCCAAAAGAUCUGGGGAAAGACAACAAGACUUACUAAAGAUUUUCCUAGUUGGCGGUUGAUGUUUAUUUCCCGGCCUCAUCUGCGGUUUGAUGGCGUGUACAUCAGCAAGAUUCAGUAUUACCGCUUUGGAGAGGCUGGUCUGGAUCACUUUUACAAACCGUUCCAUCUUGUCGAGUACUAUAGGUACCUUAGAGUUUUUCCUGAUGGCCAUGCAGUAAUGCUUACCACUGCUGAAGAGCCCAGCAUUGUUGUCUCCAAGCUUCGCUCCCGGAUGACUUCGAUUGAGGGCAUUCAAGUUGGCAAAUACAAAAUGAUUGGGGAUUUGAUGACUUGUGUUAUGCAGAGAGAAAAUCUCAAGUUGUAUGACAAUAAGCUGAAGCGUUACCGCAGGUGCAGGCGCCAAGAUUUCUUUAAGAAUGGCUACUACCAGACAUUCCAUAUGGAAUUUGCAGUGAAUGGUUCCAGUCACCGGCCCAACACGAAGUUGGAAUGGAGGCGUUAUACAGUUGAAACUCAUCAGAGGCGAUCUGAUAGAACCAAUGUUGCAGAAAUUGAUAUCAACAACACGUUCCCAACAAUGUACUUUUCUUGUGUGAAGAGCUACUUAGCUGUGUCUACCAAUCCACUAUAAUUUUUAAAUUCUUAACAUCAAAAUAUAGCUGACAAUAAGAAGUGUUUGAUAAGUGACUUUAGCUUUAACCUUAAAUUUAACCUUUAACAGGUAACACCAUAGGCAAACAUUAAUAUACUUGUUACAAGUAAAUUUUGAUGACAACAUUAAAGCAUCCCAGACCUUAUGGCAAUAAAAGUGGCAUCCUGACUAGGCUAGCCUAGCUAGGGAUGGGUGCUGCUUCAAUUUCUAAACACAUCUCCUACUAUAACCUACCUACCUAUAAGUACUGCAGUAGGACUUGGCAAGUCUAGUAGAGGUUUUGAGCUAAACUGGUGGUAGCUUCCCUAGACCAGGGAAUUGUUAUAGCUGCCUAGACUAGCCAAAUGCAUAAUCAGGGUUGGCGCCAGCAGGGGGGGGGGGGGGCAGGGCCUCCCGUUGGGAAGAGCUUCCCCCUCCCCCUUUUCUGGUUAUAAAAACCACAAUUCGUUGGGGAGAAAAACAAUGUGUAGGUACUUUUUACAUAUAUUACUAUUAGUAGACCCCAAAACCAAUUAAAUAAGCAUUUGAAACCCCUAAAUUGUUUUAUUUUUCGAGGUGGUGGGGCCACCUGGAACACUUUUGAGAGAUUUUGAGCAAUUUCUGACCACACCCACUUUUUUUUGUUUUUGUCAGGGGCAUCAGCCCCCCGUUGGGGAUCUUGGAUCCUUGUCAUACAAAUCCUGGCACUACCACUGUGAUUAAUUGAUCCUCCUAUAGCCAGUUUUAAUAGCAAUCCUGAGCUAAGAAAAGAACUGAGGCUAACCUUUGGGUUCCCGCUUCUUCCAAGAGGUCUGCCUCCCCUUUGCUAGUGUGAAUUCCCAAAUAGGAACAAUAUAAUAUAUUUUAAUACACAUUUUUUUGUGCUUUUCUCUUACGUCACCAUGUGAUAUUUUUUUUAUCAAAAUUCAUGAUAGGUAGUAGGUGUAAGGGCUAAAAUUAUUUGGUACAGUAUAUUUUUACCCAUUGAAAACUCUCUAAUACAGUAUACAGUACCAUACCUAAAUUUAGUAGGCUAAUGCUCUACCUUUUCAUAGAAACCUGGAAAAAAAUGGAGAAAAAAGAAAAAGAUAUUCAAAUUUAAGUCUGAGAGUACCAUAAGCAUAAAUUUCUUACCUCAGCCCCCAACAUGUCCCUUCCUGGGCCCCCUUAAUUUUAAUUUUUGGAUCCGCAACUGCAAUGCCUUCGAGUGAAAAUCGAUGCCUUCAGGAUGAAAAAAUAAUUAAAAAAUUGUGCCUUUGGAAUCACAGAUGGUGCAUUUAAGAUUGGAAAAAAAAUCGUAAUUGACACAUACAUUGACAAAAAUCACUGGUUUUGAUACUUUUCAACGUCGUACAUUAUUGUUUUGCCUAAUAGGCCCAAUAAUUUAAAUACAUGGUGCAAACUUCAGUCAGCUAUAUCACGAUUGUAUUUCAAACAUAUCAGUUUUGUAAUAUCCAUUUCUAAUUUAUGUAUAAUUCAAAUGUUAUAAUUUUCAAAGAUUAUUGCAUAUUAUUGGAUUUUAAACUAGAUUUGGGCUGUUUUUAAUGUUUGCUAUUAAUUAAUAUUUUUGAUAUAAGAUAUUUACCAAAUAUUAAAUUUAGAGCCACCGCUGAGACGAGUACAAGUUGAUGUGUUUUGCAUAGUGGUUAUGGAGAGAUUUAUGUAAUGAGUUUGUCGAUUGAGCUUCUUUUAAAUAUCAUUAAAGUUAUUUUUGAUUUGCACAAUGCAACACAAGAAAGUACACAUUGAGUUUCAAGCCUGUAACCAGGAUUUCUUAAUGGGGGGGGGGGGGUGGAGGAGGUCCUAUGGGGUCCAGAGGUCAAGAGGCGCCUAGGCGUCUUGUUGCUUCCCAGGGGUAGAGCACUUUUGAGGGUGAGGGGAAAUUUCACCUGGUGCUAAGCAUGCUAUUUGUGUGGAGUUAUCACAAUUUUGAUGAUUUUUGAAGGGGUGGUGGUUUACUAUAUCAUAAAAGGAUUUGCUUGAAAAGAGUGUGGCGGGGGAGGGGGUGGUCGAACCAUAGAACCACAUAAAUCUCCACACCCUGUUAUACUUUUUUACUCAUCAAACUGUUUUAGGACCGACAGUUAAUGAAGUAAAUUGUUUUCUUACCCAAAUUGUAAAAUUGAAAGUGUGUUUAAUGUGUCUGUAUAUGUAGAACAGUUGAAAGAAAGUAAUAAAAUGUGUUAAUGGUAUUUC